AUGGAACAGAAUGAUGAUGAGAUCUCUUUGCUAUCUAUGGAGUCAACAAUAUCGGACUUCAAUGAUAGGCAAGAUUUGUUCGUAUCAGUCUCAGUCCAGGGGGAGGUGCAUGACAAAUGGGUCCUCACCACAAUUCCAGUGAGCAACAACUCCGUUUCCUCAAGACCAGUUGCGCAAAGUCUUUUGAGGAAUUCGAAAAAUGAACUGUCGAGGAUAAUUGAGCUGAGAAAGCUUUCCCGAAGCGUGAGGACGCCUGAAAAACUAAAGUACAAUGUGCUAGACGGGUCAGCUCUGACAAAAUUGAACUGGAUGAAACUCUUAAAUGGGUAUAUUCGUGGUUCAGAGAAACCAAUGACAUUUGACGAGUCAGAUUUCUCGCUUUGUCUUACAUCUAAAGCUGUGAGCUAUGCUGCCACCAAAGCUUCCCUCUUAUCAAAAUUCUGUGCAGAUUGCUCGAGUAUCCUGAACUCCGAAAAGCCAACACCAAUUGUGGUGGAAGGUUUGAUCAUCAAUCACCGUGAAGAGCUCCAAGACAGCAAAAUGUGCUCAAAUGAAGAAGAGAAGUCUUCAAGGAGAGGGUUUCUCUUUUUUGGUAAGAGGACCACCAACUUAAUGAGAUACUCGUCUGCGCUUGACGAGCUUGUCAGUGUGCUGGAAAGAGUGGAAACCGAAAGUGUUCCAUUGUCCCAUAAGAUAGAAAGGUUCGUGAAUCACUAUUAUAUGUCCUUCAUAGAGAAAGAUUACCUGACUUUUAUGCACCAAAUCGAACGGGAGUCAGAGUUUCUGAUUGACAAUUGGACAUGUCAGCUCAAAAUCACUUGA